AUGGAAAAUCGUUUAGAAAAAAAUGUCAACAAAUUGAUUGAACGAUACAAAAAAACUAGUCAGUAAAUCGACUAGAUGAUCCAACCAGAGCAAAUCGUUUCUCAACCAAUUACUCUGUAUCAGACUAGAUCUCGACAAAGCAGAACCAAUUUCAAUGAUGAGGACAGUUCUUCAAGGGAAAAGAAGAAUCAUUCUAUUGAACAGAUUAGUAGACUAAGGGAAACCUUAAAUGCUAAAGAAUUGCAAGAAAAGGAAAAAUAAGAAAGAUUGAGAAUUUUGAAUAAAGAAUUAAAAAUGACUCUUAAGGAUUACAUGCAAGCAAACAAGGAUUUGGAAGUUAAAGUCAAUCAAAGAGAAAAGCACAUUAAAUAAUUAGAAUUUGAAUUAAAAUCUAUUUAAGAUUCUUUUUCCAAAGUAGAAAAUAAUGUUAGGGAGAAUAGAUAAAAGUGUGAAGGUCAAGAAAAACUGAUUGAGGAAUUAUAAUAAUAAUGUCAUGUUUCUCAUCAAAAAUUGAAAGGGAAGAAAGAUAAAAUAUAAUUGUUAAAAGAAUAGUUAAAAUAAUAAGAAGCGCAAUUCGAUGAGCAAGGCUAAAAUUUUGGGAAAGAAUUAGAACGAGUGUAAAGACUUUGUGAGGAUUUUUCAACUGAAAUUAAAAAUUAAGAGGCUUAAAAUAGGGAAUUGGAAGAGGAAAAAGUACAAAUACUAGAUGAAAUCUAAUAAAAAGAGGCAUAAAUUAGAUAUUUUGAUUAGCUUUUGUAAGAUUUUCAAUUCAGGGAUGAAGAUAACUUAAAAUAAAUAGACUUUUUAAAUUAAGAUUUGCAAUAUUAAAAAGCUUAAACUUAAUAAUAUAUCAUAAAAUUUGAAGAAUGCCAAGCCAAAUUACAAUAAGUAACUGAAAAUACAUAAACAACAAUAUUAAAUAAUGAGUAAGAAUCUAAAAAAUAAUAAGACCAAUUUUAAGAUAUAAUAUUUAAAAAAAAAAAAAAAAUCAAUGAACAAAAACAUAAGAUUGAGUAACUCUAAUAAAAUAUCUCUGAUUUAUAAAGAAAAGUAGACAAUGAUGACAAAAAUAGAUAAAUCCAAGAAUAUGAUCUCAAAAAGUUGUAAUAAAUUAAUAAUGAACUCAAACAGAUUAAUGAUUAACAAACAUAAAAAUUAUACAAUAAUGAAGAGAAAAUUUAAUAAUUACUUUUAGAAUUAUCAGAAUAAAAACAAAUUAAUUCAAAUUUAAUAAGCCAAAAUAAAUAAAUGGAAUAAAAAUCUGACUAAGCUGAAAUAAUUAUUGAACAACUUAAAGACGACAUACAAAACUUAUCAGAUUCACUUAUUUAAGUCUAAAAUUACAAUAGAAAUCUUGAAUAGGAACAUCUUGAUUGUAAAUUAUAGCAUGAAAAAUAAAUGGAUGAAAUAGAGAAGAAAAUUGAUAAUUUAGUUGAAUCUGCUGCAAAUGCUAAAGAUGAACUUAAAGAAUCUAAAUAGAGAGAGAAUGAACUUAAGUAGAAAUUAAAGUAGUAGGAACUAGAGACAGAUAAGUAAUAACAAAAGUGUCAGAAAUACAAAUUGCAAUUAGAAAGUCUAAGACAAACUAUAAAGAAUUUGGAAGAUAAAUUUAAAUAGUAUGAUUGCUAGGCAUAAUAAAUUUAAAUUUAAUCUCAAAAAUAAGAAGAAAUGUAGAAUUAAUAAAAAUUAAAAGUUUUAGAAGAUAUUUAAUCAUUAAUCAAAUUACAUAGAAAAAUAUGA